UCCAAGACCUCGCCUGUGGGUGAGGAACUCUGUGUGGGCCUAUCUGAGUUCUAUUCCUGCUUGGACCUUAUUGGAUGUGUCACUGGAGUCAGAGUUACACUACCUCCCAUGGAUCCAAACAUCCAGGGGUCUUUCCUGUUCAACAACAGCCUGAACCAGUUCUCCUCUGAGCUCAAGGCCCCGGUGUGCCAGUACUCUGUGCCCAACUCUUUCUACAAGCUCAACCCGGCUCUGAACAGCCAGCUGCAGCCGGGGACGCCGCACACCAUCAGCGACAUCCUGAGGAGCUCCAUGAUGGGGAUGGGCGCCACGGGGACCACCACCCUGCUGUCCGGAUACUCCACCAUGGGGGGGUUCAGCCCCUCCGUCAGCAGCACCUCCAUGUACUAUAACCGAGACUACAACUCCCCCCUCGGCGGGUUCUCCAAGCCCGGCGCAGAAUGCUCCAUGAAGGGUCGCAGCUGCUGGGCGGAGAGCGGCUGUGAGUGGAGGGGGGGGCGGCAGCCGUGCACCAACAUGCCAUCCCUCAGCCAUCGACCACCAGAGCUUCCAGCCAACCUGCCUGCUUCUCCCUUCACCAUACCUGCCUGCCUUGUUCUCAAUCUAGCCUGA